CUGUUAAGAGGAAUAUAAACCGGUACAUUGGAUGUACAUUAAAUAACACCGGUCACUGGUCCUCCCGUGGCUUUGAUAGUGACAGGAUCUGGCAGUGAUAUUCUUUUCAUGUACGCCCUACAGGCAUCUCCGUUCGAUGCUAUUCGCUGUACCUCCCUCACAAGGCAUGCCUUCGUGAUCCUGUCUAGCUACACAAUGCUAAUGGCCAUGCUCGUGCUGACCCCAUGCCGCCGAGUAACGCCCCUUUGUUCCUUUGUUCUGGGAGUUGAGUUCGGCCCAGGAAACAAAACCCAGAUCGACCAACCAGCUUUUCCUCCCACAGCAUAACGCCGACAGUAUGCACAAACCAACAUUUACCC